ACUUGGUAUUGGUUUUGGAAAACAGCCUGGAUAGCGCAGAACGUGUAUUACGGGAGUCACUUGACACUCAUCCACCCCUGCGAUUGUAGAGACGUUUCCACAAAGUAGAAACAUCAGUGUAGCCAGUAGAGCUGUUGUUCAUGGAUACCUAGCUGGUUCUAGUUCACUGAGUUAUAACUAAAAUCAUAAGGACUUCCAAUGCCAUGCGGGCAAUAAUAUUCUUGACAAUAACUGGAAUGUGCCGAAAACACUAACACAUGGCAGGUGGUUCCAGUUCUAACGGAGAUUCUUCUCCAAGUCGAGUAUGUAGAGAUUUUCUGCGCAACGUUUGCCACAGAGGGAAGCGAUGUAAAUAUCUUCAUGAAAGAUCAGAAGAUGACCCAGCAGACGAAUAUACUUUUUGUCAUGAUUUUCAAAAUGGGAUUUGCAAUUGGCCGGGAUGCCGAUUUUUGCAUUGCACCGAAAGUGAAGAAAAACACUUCAGAGCAACUGGUGAAUUACCACCGCGUAUUUUAUCGAAUUUGAAAUGUAACAAUGACAAAUCCGAACUACCGUUAUGCAAGGAUUUCAUCAAAGGCAGCUGCCAAAGAGUCAAUUGUAAGUACAGGCAUUACAAGAAGGAAGAACCACAGCAUCCUAUGGUCCCUCCGCCCCAUCAUACCGUUACGAGACCUCAACAUAAUUUUAACGGUGUCAGUAAUGGCGAAAAUCGAAGAUAUGAAGAAGAAAGAAGCUACCACUGGCAGAUGGAGGACCCGCAUCCACUGGUCCACAAUAAUGGCUACAAUCCUUCUACGCAUCCGCCUGAUUAUUUGGGGCCUCCUGAAGCAAAACGACGAAUUGUCUCUGGAGAAACUAUCUUGCAUUUCGAAACGUCACCUCUGGUAGGACAGCAUCCAACCCAGCCUGUAACUUCUAGCUAUUACUAUCCUGUAAUCCCCAGAAAUGAAGCUAGAGCUUUUAAUCUCGAAGAUGAAAAUGCAUUGCUGAAAAAAAAGAUUGAGGAACUAAAAAAGCAGGUCAACGAUUUAACAGCGACAAAUGAAUUCCUACUGGACCAAAAUGCACAACUAAGAAUGUCUGGUAAAAGGACAACUAAUGUAACUGCUGUAACAGUCCCAGCAGUUACGAUAACAAACACUGUACCUCCAUCUCAAGCUCCAACACCUCAACAGAUGGUUAAUGCUGCUGUAGCAGCUGGAACACUGCGAACUGUUACAGCUAGCGUUGCAACUGUUCCUGUGAGCAUAGCAACAGUAACUCCUGUAUCAAUCGCUGCUGUUUCCAUGGCACCGGUGUCUAUUCCUCCACCGAUUGUCACGAUGGCUCAACAAACUAUUAGUAUGAGUGGUUCGGGUCCUCAGCCUACCAACCAACAAGCACCGAACGCUCAGCAACCAACAAACUUACCACUAUCAAUAUCUGGUCCAACCGCACCACUCGUUUCUUAUCCAAUUAUGACACAAGAACUGAGACCUGUCUUACAAUAAAAGAUUAUUCUUUUAUAGAAGUUAAAAAAACACCAACUCAUUUAAAUACUGUAUUACGGAGCCUACGAUCAAAACCAUGAUUCGUAACAUCCCAGCUAAAACCGUAUAAAAUCAAAAGAUUAGAUGACUCUUGACCCGGCUAGGUGGGUAGUAACGGUCAAGAACGCAGCUGCUUUGUGGGGGGCCAUUUCUGUUGUGUCAAAACAAAUAGGUAGACAGAUGUAUAACAUCCCAUCUGAUAGUGAAAAUGUACAUAGAUUUUGUUAUUUUACUUAUAAAAUUUUUGGUUUAAGACAUUUUGCGCGCAGCUUUUUACCUGGUGGAGUUUUCAAAAAUGGCACCAAAUUUAGCCAACCUCUUCCAUAGCAUCCCAGUUCAAUUAUUUAAAAUCCUUUUGUAUGACUACUGAGGUUACGAAAAUACUGUUUUUAAACAUUUUUAAUACUGACUAUAAUGCCCAAUAAAUCAGAUGCUGCACUCGGUUGGUCUGAUAAAAAUUUCUCCUAUAUCUAGGCAACUUAUUUUAUCAUUUCCAACAAAUGGGAUUGGCUAAAUUUGUUGACAUUUUCAAAAUGCAAAUGUAACGUCUGAGGCGGUGCGAUUUUUUUCUGACCCCAAUUUAAUUACAAGAAUAAUUUUCAGACGGCAUGCUAUACGUAAUUUUUUUUCUCGUUUGUUUUUUCAGAAUGGUCUCGUGGACAGGCGCUGCGCUAUCGGUGUAUGAAAAACGUGUCAUUGGUAUUUCAGAACUAUCAUGUAACUACAUUCCGGAAAUCAGACAAGAUAUUAUCGAACAGGUCGGCUCAAUUUGUUCACAUUUUUGAGUUCAGGAUCAUAUAAUAGAUUUUAUACGGUUUUGGCCAGGAUGUUAUGAGUCAAAAAUCAUGGUCGUGAGCUGCCGUAAUAUACGUGUGUUCUACUUAUCGUAAUGAUCAAGAAAUAUAAGCCUAGGAAUAGUUAUAUUUUAUAUACAAAAAUAGAUUGCUAUAGGUACUUUUAUUGUCCCAGAUGCUACUAAACAAAGCUUGCGAAAUUUGUUAGCUUAUUGGUUGUUUUCCCUCAUAUUAACGUAUCAGGCUUCUUUUCAUAUUUUCAGUAAGAUAUUUUUCUUCUUAGAAGUGGUAGAGUGGAGAAUUCAUUUAUCAUUGAUUGUUAAAUGUUUCUGAAGCAAAAUAUUACAUAUUUAUAGAAAAGAAAUGUCUAAUUUGAUACAAGUCUAGAAAUUCCAGACAAAUAUAAUAAAUUGUGAAAGAUGAACUGUAUACCAAUCCCGAACAGGUGUAGAGCCUUGAAAGUUAUCGUGUGUACUUUGGUAAGUUCGUUGACUGAAGAAUAUAAAGACAGUUGCCCUAAUGGUUUUGGUGUGACAACCGAAAAUCGUCGUGCGCUUGCACCCCCUGAGAUGUUCCAACGGUAGAGUUGAAAAGUUAUUGCAGAACAUCAAGAGAGUUGCCGAUUUCGACAUGAUGCUGGCUGUAUUCACCUUCCGAGUAACGCAGUCUUCGCAACGGUAAGCCCAAGCCAGUACUUGACCUGUGUGUACUUACCGACUUGUCGGCGAUACAAGAAAUCAAUAAUGAGAAUAAAUUUCUUCCAAAAUU